AUGGUAUUCUUCACUGUUCGCGCCUUUCAACCCCAGCUGCGUCGCUUUCUCCAGCGACAGUUGGUUAAUCGCAGGAUCCCCCUGGUUGGUGAGCGAUUUGCUAUCAGCGCUUUGCUUGGAUUCAUCUGGAUUAUCGGCCUAUACGGCAUCAUCAUAGGUGUCUGGUGGAGUCGCCUGCGAGACUAUUUCGAGGACAGGGGCCGGAAGAAUGGCAUUCUUGAUGGAAAUCACCGCCUCGCUGCGAUUGCGUUGACUGGCCAUUUAUGUGAUGUCACAAUGGGAAUGGUCCUCAUCCCCGUCUCCCGACACAGCGCACUUGCGUCCUUCUUCAAACUCUCCGUCUCAACUACGCUUACCUUUCAUAUGCUGACGGCAUAUACACUCUUUACUCUUGUACUGAUUCAUGGAUUCCUCUAUGUAUCUUGGGUGCCCGCCUUCAACUCUCUCUCAGAGAGGUUUCGGACGGUAUUCCCUGUCUUAAACCCAACGUAUUUAUACUACGAGAUUUGGCCGGGUAACUCAUCAGCCUUGGUCAUCUGUCUACACGCUAGUACAGUAUUUUACUGCGUGGCUCCUGGGUUAGCCAUGUGGGUGCUCGACUGGGGUAUGCGACUAUAUGAGUUGAGAGAGUGUGUACCAGGCAAGGUUGCACAUCUAGGAAAAGGAUGGUAUUGUAUCGAUAUGCUACUCCCUCGACACCGACUCGACGGCUGUGCGUGCAAGUCCCCGGUUGCCCAUUUUUACAUUCGCCACUCAGAAUCCUCCGCCCGGGAGCUCCAUCCUUUCACCACUAUUACCCCUCUUGCUUCUCAGAAAAAUACCACUUCGGACUCACGAGAUGAUAUAAAGAUCCAAUUUCUCUUCCGUAAGCGGGGUAAUACGGAUAACCUUGCUGGGCGACAGACUGGGAACGAAAAGCGGCGGACCUGGUUCAGGUUGUUCCAAAAAUCAGCGGUGCCAACCUUCCAGUGGACAGACAAGAUAGCUGGUCUCGCCGAUAAAUACAAACCAUUGUCAAGAUCUGGAGAGAAUGGCAGUGACAACCAGUCAAUCGACACACAUUAUAUCGAAUCUGCCAACAGGGGUCUGGUACGCACAUAUCCGUCACAGGGAGUAGACCUCUCUUUACGACUUGAAGGGCCCUAUUUCUCUGAAGCAGAUCCCUCGCAGUACAGGACAGUUAUAUGUUUUGUCGCCGGUACUGGGAUUUCCGUGAAUUAG